GUUGCGUCAGUGAAUCUUCACAAUGUGAUUGGUGCCUCAGAGGCCGACGGGACAUCCUGAACAGAUUUAAAAAGACACAACUGUUGCCUCUGGAGGACAGACACUGAGACGGUGAAGGACAGCGAUGGCUCGUCUCACAACUCUUCUCUUUGCCAUGUGGCUUGGUGUGACAGUGAGCACAGAGGUUGAUCUGGAGAAGAGAAUCCUAGGAGGUCAUGAGUGUGGAGCAAAGGAGCGUCUGUACCAUGUCCAGCUGAUAUACACUGAUACUAAAAAGUUCUUUUGUGGUGGCUCUCUGAUCAGUAAACAGUGGAUUCUGACUGCAGCUCACUGCUUUGUGAAAGGACGGGAGUUCACUGCAUAUAUAGGCAGCAAUCCUGGUCCUCUUGAAAUAGGGGAUAUCAAAGAGAAACCUGUGAUCUUCAUAGACCUCGACGGCAAGCAACACGACCUCAUGUUACUGAAGCUGCCUGAAAAAGUGAAAGGUAUCAUACCUGUACAACUUCCCGACUGUACAGAUCGUCCCAAAGUAAAGACUACGGUUCAGAUUGCAGGUCACGCUGCAACAACAGUUGGCCACGAUAAUAAAAUGCUCGAUGCUACUUCACCAACUCUGCAAUGUGCUUAUAUCGACAUCACCGACUGUAAAGACCUCAAAGGUUAUCUGCUCAAGGAAUAUAAGGAAUACCACCAAGCCAAUAAACAUAUGCAGUGGAUCUGUGCCUCUAGUCCUAAGGUGGAUAUAUGUAGCGGUGACUCUGGUGGAGGAAUGGUGUACAAUAACAGGAUUUAUGGUGUCAAUAAAUUGUCUCAUGCUACAGAUGCCUGUGCUGUACCAGCUGGAUUUAUGGACCUCUGUCAUCAGCCAUACCUUGACUGGAUCAACGAUACUAUCAAGGAUACUAUCCUUGAUACUUUCAAGGAUGCUCUCAUGGAUACUGUCAAGAAAUCAAGAGCAAAUGCAGCUUCUGGUUGUGUGACAGUGAGCACAGUGGUUGAUCUGGAGAAGAGAGUCUACGGAGGUCAAAAGUGUGGAGCAAAGGAGCGUCUGUACCAUGUCAAGCUGAUAACCACCGAUACUACCGGAGGUCAGUACCUCUGUGGUGGCUCACUGAUCAGUGACCAGUGGAUUCUGACUGCAGCUCACUGCUUUAAGCCAGGAGGGACGUACACCGCAUAUAUAGGCGGAAAUCCUGGUCCUGCUCAAGGAGUGGGAAUCACAGAUCCACCUAAGAUCUUCAACGACGGCAAGCAACACGACCUCAUGUUACUGAAGCUGCCUAAAGCAGUAGGUAACAAACCUGUAGGACGUCCUGACUGUAAACAUCGUCCCAAGAUAGGUGAUACGGUUCAGAUUGCAGGUCAUGCUGAAUACACAGCUGGCCCAAAAAAUGAAAGGAUACCUGGUUCUACAGACACUCUGCAAUGUGUUGAUAUGAACAUCGUCGACUGUCAAGUGUUCAUAAACAUGUUUCCUGGUGCUUACCAAGCCAAAAAACAUGAGCACUGGAUCUGUUACAGAGCACCUGGUGUGGAUACAUGUCCCGGUGACUCUGGUGGAGGAGUGGUGUACAAGGACAAGAUUUAUGGUGUCCAUGUUAUGGGUCAUCCUAAAGAAGUCUGUGCUUCACCAGCUGUAUUCAUGGACCUCUGUCAUCAGCCAUACUUUGACUGGAUCAAGGAUACUAUCAAGAAACCAAAGAGCAAAUGCUGCCUUUCUUGUUUUUGUUGACAUGUUCAGUUAUUUAACAGAAAUUUCACAAUCUAAAUUUACAGUUGAUGUAUUUGUUCAUUAAAUCUUUAACUAUCAAUUGUUAAUUUGUGAAAUAUUAGUUUUACAUUUAUGUAGGAAAUACAAUUUGUAAAAAUAAACAAUUGUGCAUUUUCCUGUAUGUAAAUCCUCAAGAUGGCUUCUGUUAUUAUACAGUCAUUGUGUUGGAAACAAAACUAUAACGGUAGAUAUAAUAAUAUUCUGUUCUUCUUUUACCAAUAUUUAAAAAAGACAAUUAUAAAUUUGACUUUCUUUUCCCAAUGUUCUGUCAAGUGAAAUAAAAUGAGUAUCAAUG